GCCGAGCUCGAGCCGCACAUCGUGCCCAGCACCAAGAACCCGCACCAGCUGUUCUGCAAACUGACCCUGCGCCACAUCAACAAGUGCCCGGAGCACGUGCUGAGACACACGCGGGGCCGUCGCUACCAGAGAGCGCUACACAAGUAUACAGAAUGCCAGCAGCAGGGGCUGGAAUACGUCCCGGCCUGCCUGCUGCACAGAAGGCGGCCGCGAGGAGAGAAGGAAGGCACGGACACCAGGCCGUCUGGCGGAAGGGGAGACUUUUGGGAGCCUGAGCCGAGUGAGGAGCAAGGAGCCCAGAGCGAGGACAGCAUGAGUGACCUAUACCCACCCGAGCUGUUCACAAGGAAGGACCUGGGAAAGACCCAGAACAGCGACGGCACUGGGCACUGUCCAGUGGACAGCGAGGAUGACACGCCACAGCCCACAAGAGAGCCAAGCAUUGGGAACGGAGGGGCUGGGACCGCAGGCCGGAAGCGCAAGAAGAGGCAGCUGGGCUCACUGAGGAAGAAGGUGAAAGGCCACCACUGCAGACCUCGGAGCUUCGGGUCCAAGAAGCAGCUGGGCUAGUCUAGGGGGCUGGUGCAACCCCCAGGAGGCACCGGUCCACCCCUGCGUGGAGCUGCCCAGUGUGCCCUGCACUGGAGAGGCCCCCAGCCAGGCCUGCCCGGGAAGCCAGUCCUUGAGCAGCCCUCCUGCAGUAUCCCAGCUGCGGAAGUGACUCAGCCCAGCUGGGGGCGCCGGACGACCACACUGCACACAACAAAUGCCAGUAUUUAUUUCUGAUGUGUCUUCCAAAAAUCAAGGCGUUUUCAAACACAACUAAGAUAUAAAAUACAGCAUAAAAUGAGAUUUAUACCUA